UUGAGCGUAUCACUAUGACGUGGAAACGAUGGAGACGUCUAUAUUGAAAGUUCACAAAGGUGGCGAUAUAAAUAGUAGCGUUCGGUCGGGAAUGGCAUUCUGAUUCCAACUAUCGAAUUUCUUCACUCGCGAUUUAAGGAGUAAUAUCUGAAAAUAAGAAAAUCCGAUUUACCAAACCUAUCAAUUCAUAAUCAUGUCGACCGGCGGCACAGGCGGAAACCCGAUUCGGGGACCAAACUACGGAGCGACAGCGGCACAGCAGAGCCUUGAUCUAUUAGACGACCCGGACCCUAAGGGUACAGCAGCCGGAUACGUCCACGAUCAAAACCAGGGCAAAUCCCUUCUCGGUGCCCUCAAGGACACCCUUAGACCAGGCGACACCAAGAAGCAGCAGCACCAGGGCUCGGGGUUCAAUGGCGAUUUCACACACGACGGGCGGCAUGGCGGCAUCGAGGAGACCAUGAUUCCGGGACACCGAGACUACGACGAAUCGCGGGAGGCCCCACAGGCCCACCACGACGGCAUCCGGACCGAUGGUAGUAACGUGCUCGAGUCCGCAAUGCCGGGGUAUAAGGACCACAGUAACAAGGAGCGGGGUGGUAUCUUCAGUGCCAUGAAGUCUGCUGCCGACAACACGCCCGAUGUUCCGGGCGCAUUGAAGAAGGCUGUGGGAGGCAGGGACCCCGGAAGCGUCGGGCAGAAGAAUAGCGGAGGGAUGACGGGGAGGACGGAUAAAAGCUCCAAGUUCGACAAGUUCCCUGCUACCGGGAAUUACUUGGGACCAGAGCCAGGCUCGGACUCGGCGACUGGGACCUCGGCAUUCGAUACUCAAGGUUCUAUUGGACAUCAGUUCUCGUCCGAGGGCGCGAUCGGUGGUACAGCACAUAAGAUUGGUGGUCCAUUCUCGAAAGAAGGCAUAGUUGGGCGGCAGUUCACCGAUAAGGGGUCCGUUGGCGGAACUGUCCAGGAUACGAUCGGCCGUGGAAACGAGACGAGAAAAGGGGAGUGAUAUAUAGCUAAUAUAUAGCAAGACUGCCGAUACAUACGAAUACAUGCGCAUUCAGUUGAUAGUAAUGGCCAAGAAAUAUAAAUACAAACUCAGAUAUAAUCCACUUCGGCCUAAGAGGUUUCAUUCCCAAAUACAAUUAUUCCUAUCUUUGGGGUGGACUCUGGAAUAGGCCAAUCGGGAAGCUUCAGACUGCGAAGUGCUAUCGAGCGGAUAAAUUCAAAGAAAUAUGCCUUUCUUAAAGUCUGCAAAUAUAAAGCUUAGAGACCCA